GGCGAGGAAUUUAUUUUCGCUGAAGCCACCUUUGUUCCUAUUAUUGCAAGCAAAGAUUCUCUUCCAUUUUCUAAGACUGCAGCAAACUGCAAAAAACUUUUCUGAUGAUGCUAGCAGCAGGUGUCUUACAGGUGUCUUUCAGGUGUCUUGCAACUUCUUGAACAGACAAGCACUCACAAGUCCACCCUUUCUUCUCGUGCCAGUUCCUGAUGCAUCUUCCCUAAGCUGUUUCUUGGGUCUGAUUCUCUUUUCUGCCUCCCUAGAUCUGUUGCUUUCCCAUCUGUGUCCAUUGCCAGUCUCUGCUGUUUCCUACUGAGCUUUAGCAUUGCCAGUUGUAACACUGGAAUCACAUCAGCAAUGUUGGAGGAGCAGCAUGUUAAUGGGACUUCCCGCUGGAGCCUUUUGGAUGUUUUUUUUCCAACUUUUACCGUGCUUCCACAGCAAAAUCCUCACCUAGCUGACAGAUCUUACUUUAAAAUCAAGACUUCAUUCUGUAUAUAGCUGCUUACUGUCUUGCCUAACAUGUUUGGAACCAGGCUUUGAGAGUUCAAUUUUGUGUUUUUAACACAGAGCAGCUGGACUGCUGCCCCUUGGUCUCUCUGAAACCUGCGACAAGCAGUUCUGUUAGGACCUGUGAAGCCAGAAAGCUUUCUAAAUGACAAGGCAUUGUAGCCACCUGUGUCUGAUGUAAAAGCCCAUUUUCAGAAGCUUCUUGUUAGAAAUGGGUGGUGUUUAAACCAUCUUGCUGCAAGGACUCAUUGUUUUCCUUGGGAAGGGACUGGUUUCAAGAAUGGAGUAUACACUGCUAACCUGUGUAAAUGCUGCUAAUAGACCAUGCUGGGUGAGUACAGUGAGUGCUCAGUGUCUAAACAGUCUCUGUCUAAACAACUGUCCAGAAAAGUCAUUGAUUUGUUAGGAAAUCAUUUGCUACCAGCCAGUACUACUGGAGCCUGUAUUUUUUUCGGACCUGUUUCCUAUACGACUGAGGGUUUAAAAUUGGAAAAGGUACAUGAUGGCCACGUGAGGGCAGGCUGCAGCCUGUCUUCAUGCAGUACAGAAGUACAGCUAGGAGUUUCACUCUGCUAGCAAUUUUAGGUCGUGAUUUUCCACAGAUCACAAACUUGCUAGUGAGGGUGGCCCUCAGCCUCUUCUCGGUCCAUCAGCAUAUUGCAGGGUGACUGAGGUCUCUCAUUCCAGCUACAGUGAGCACUCCAGUCUGGGUCCCAUCCUGAAAUCCCAGUUGGAAAUGCCCCUGAAUACAAGUGUGUACAGCUACUGAAGUGUGGAUUGCUUCUAUUCCUUGUAAAAGGCAAAUGUUAAAAGCAAAAAGGUGCUUAGAGAAGGAAGAGAAAAGCAAAGUGUGAGACUCGCUUGAAUUAAAAUAUUUCGUAUUUCCUAAUAUCUCCUAAUCUGGGUACUGAAAAAGGUAAGCUGUGAGUAGAGAGUUUCUUGUGAUUCUGGGAGGAAACCAAUGGGUCUCAGCAUGCUUAUGGGUUCCAUGUCCAUAGUAGAGAUUCUGCUUUUAGUAGAAAAAAACCUGGGUGCCUGUCUGGGUCUACUUUAUUGCAAGGUGAGCUUUACCGUGGACUCACCUGACUGUAUUGACAACACCUUCAUUGUCUAUAAGGAAGUUUCUGAGGGGACACUGUCAUGGUAGCUACCCGCAGUCAGAGGCCAUUGGAAAUGGACCCCAGAAUUUCAGACAUUAGCCAAAUGCCUGCUGUUUGGAGAAUCUCUGAAGGUGUUGUGAAACCUUACCCUCAUGACUGACCAUCGUCUCUCUCAUGCUUGUCAAAGUGGAAGAAGCACAUGCAGUGAAACAAAAUAAGCUGGUGGAUGCAGAGCAGGUCCAGAUACUUGGUAGGUCAAAAAAGACACUCAUAUGUUAAUUCAGUAGUAUUGCAGAGGAUGUGGAGAAAUCCAUCCUUACUCACAAGCACACAAAACUCUGGGUCUGCACACACUAUUUCAUACUGUUUCUUGAAAUUGUGAUCUAUUGGGAAGUAGGUAAGAAUGUGAAGAAACUGGUGGACGUGACCUAGCCUUCUGCAGUCCAUGGUAUUUCCAAACUGCCUAUGAGUGCAUCAGCUUGACUUCAAUUUUUGGCAUUAGAGACAGUAGAUGAUCCAGAUGGCCACAGGAGGGCAUAGUACAGCUUGCCUGUUCCUUCAUAAAUUACUAUUUCCUGGUUUCCACUCAUUGAUUCUUAAUUUGAGGUCACAAAUUCAUGUAUAUUUCUGCUGCCAAGUCAUAUCCAAGACAAGUAGAUGUAUUUAUAUAAAAAAGAGAGUCUAUUUGUAGUAUUUUCAACAAGUGUGAGAGAACAACAAGGUAUAUUAUAUCUCAGUUAGUAGCUGGGGAAGUUAUAGAAUGGAGAACAGUUUCUGCUGAAGUGAAGCCAGUGCAGUUGUGAUGAGAGUCACCAUUAAAAAAACCCUAUUUUUUGGUCUGCUACCUUGAGCUCUACUUCUCUUGUGAAGACUGACUUCUUACUUUUGAGUCUAAUAGUGUAGAGAAGUGCCUUGUUAUAUACAGAGAAGUGUAAAUGAGUCCUUGGAGUGGAACCUGAAAUGUUUAGGUAAACUGCUCAGCAUAUGUAUUCCUGGUUUGCAUUUCCUUCUCCAUCACUGGAGGAAAGUCAGCUGUUCUUGUUUUCAAUUGUUACACGGUUGGAGUCUGAUUUGCAGUGCUCGUAGGGACUUUUAAGGAAAGUUGCCAAUGCCUGUCUUUAGGCAGAGGCAUGGAAGAGGAGAAGAAGCAGGUCCUGCUCGUCCGUCCUCCCCAGCUGCAUGGUGCUGCCACUCCUCUUGUGUCAGAUGGAGCGAUUGUGCAGUUGUGGGAGGAGUCGGUCGGAGGAGCUGAUCCGGCAGAAAACUGCGCUGCCAGAAAAGUGACUCACCGUCCAUCUCCCUGUGGCUGCACAUGGCAGGGCCCUUCAGCAGCAGCCUGAAGUCACUUCUCAUUACAUGGUGUCUGAAAUCACAACCUAAGGAUGUGGGUGUCGGAUGGGUUUGUCCGGUUGCAGCUGUGGGCUGCAGUGGGGAGGGGUGAUCCCACUGCUGCCGUGCUUCUGGCCAGACCUUUCUGUGCCCUCCCCUGUGACUCCGGCUCCAACAGCAAACCACUCAUUCGGAGGGGAAGGGGCAGCUGAAAUAGUAGCGGAGAAAAGGCAGAGAGGUGCCUUGAGGGAGAAGAAGUGUAGUUGUGCUAUGCUGAUGUUCCCUCCAGCAAACCUGGUAGCCUGCACAUGGAAAUGUGUUUUGAAGUGACAUGCAGAAGGGCACCACGUGUCCCGGGCGUGAGUCCAGUAGCCCUGUGACAUUUGGUUUGUUUCUGCUCAGUGAGGGGAUCGAUAGAUCCAGGGUGUUGGAUCUGAGCUUUGCACAGUCUGCUUGCUUUUAAAAACAUUUGCCUUUUGUCUUAGAUGUGCCUCUGCACUUCAGGCUGUUUGCGUACCACUUGCACCAAAGUUCUGAGCACUCUGUCUUUCUAUCUCACAUGCCUUUGGUGGACUCUUCUGUGCUGCCCCCAGAGUCGUUUGUGUCUUGCUACUGCCUAUGUGCAGUGAGCUGUGCCACCUGCCAUCGACUUUGUGUUGCUCUGCUGGGGAUCCACAGCUGGCAGGGAGGUUGUCUGCCAGGAAUCUCACCGUCCUGCUCCUUUCUGCUCUCUCCUCUGCCCUGGCAAAAGGUGAGCUCAGCUGGUUUUGCUCGGUGUUUGCUCGUGCCAUGAAUUUACAGCUUGCCAGCAAAGCUCUGUUUCACAACAUCUUCAAGGGUUGGAUGGUGUGGUUUUCCUUGUGCUCCUGAAGAGGGGAAUGGACUGGAACAGAGUGAAACCCCUGGGAGAUGUGGAGCCUGGGAAGGUCUAGGACAAUGUACCUCUGCUGGCAUUUUUUGCUGGGGCACUGGCACUGACUACAGCCUUUCCAAACUCUGCUGCUCUCGUGGUGCUUAGUGCCUUGCUGACCUGUUUGAGUGUGGCAGAAAGCUGUAAAGAGAGUAUGGAGGCCAGGACAAAAGUAUAGGACGGGGGAUUUAAGAAUGCAAGAUGAUGAGCAACACUUAGACAUCCUGGAGCACCUCCAGGGUUUUAUGGCACGGUGAGGUGGGAAGCGAGAGAACGUCCUCCCUGGAGAACGAGGGGAAGGUUGGAGGGUGCUCCCAUAGUUGGGGUAGGUCUUGCUUGGGUGUUUAGAGCAGACGUGGUUUUCUUGGUGAAGCAAGGUCUUCUCCCAAUGCAUUUAGUGCGCUGGGCCAGUCUGCACCAGGUUGUAUCACUUUGUCUUGCCCAUUACCAAAAUUAUAGCAUGUUCUUCCCUACCAGGGUUGGAAGAGAUGAUCAGGAGGAGGGGAGUAGUUGCCACCUGACUGUGGGCUGUCAAGUGAAGCCCACAAUUGCCUGGAGCACAUGUUUGGGCCAUACAUCCUGCCAGCCUGGAAAUUGGAAUUUCCACUCUUUCUGGAAGGAGUGAAAAUGAGCCUGCAUUUUUUUCCUUUUCUACUGCCUGAAACAAGCACCUGCCUCUGCAUAGUGCACUAAUUAUUUGAGAAACUGCUUAAAGCUGGGCACUGAUGCCAGGUGCCAGGCUGCUCCAGUGUCCACCUGUCACUUGUUUAAAGUGCUGUUCUGGAACCAGAGAGCCAUUAAUUACAGCCCUACUGAGAUUGGCUAUCUCUUCUGGUGGAGAUCUCCCGAGGGCUUCUUUAAUGGCGCUGUCAGAUGUUUCUGCAUUCCUACGUGGAGCAAUUACUUAUCCUGUGUAAUUUGCCCACUGAUUGAGGAGCUCUUCCACAAGAUACAAUGCUCGUUCACGUUCCAUGGCACUUGGUGUUUUCUUCCUGCUUUAGUUUGGCAGCUGGUGGCAGCCAGGCUCCUGGUGAUCACAGGAGGGGACCCUUCUUCCAAAAUUCUUCUCUCCAAUACCUCAAUCCCUUUAAUGGAGGCCUCUGCUGUUCCCAUGGGUGUUUUGUGACAGUUUAGUCUAGUUUGUAUGUAAUUCAACCACACUGGUGCCAGGCACUUUGCAGCGUUAGUGGCUGCUAUGGGGCUUUGGGUGUUCAGUGAGUGGACUGGUGGGGAGAGUAAGUAGCUACUGCUCAGGCACUGUUUCACGGUGCCGAGUUGCCCCGAAUCCUAAAGGUUCCUAUUUUCCAUAGGUGGGCUGACUUCCCCACAUGGAGAUGCAAACCUGAGAGGCAGCAGGCAUGUCUUGACCUUGUAGGUGCUGCAUCAACAAGAUCAACAAGGGCACAGUUUGCUUUUCCUGAGGCACCCAUUCCUAGCCUGAUGUGUUUUCUAGCUGUUUGGGAGCCAUCAGCAGCUCCUCAAGUCUCUUCUGAUGUCAGUACUGUUGGAGCCCCCUCCCUCCUCUGAGUGCUGUAUCCCAGUUUGCAGUCCUUAGGAGCUCCCAAAGUCGUCUUUGUGGGUAGAGGCACCUCUGGGCCUGGCUUUCUGAGUUGACCCCAGGGAGCCCAUGAUGCCUUCAGCUCAGCCCUCAGACAGAGACGUGCCUUCUGUCAGGGUCCAGGUUUCAGAGGUGCCUUUGGUGGCCUCCGUAUGUUGAAACCUUGUAAUUUCCAGGAGGCUGCUGGUGGGGCCGAUUAUCUAGCUGGACUUCUCAUCCCUCAUGUGGAAUUUGCAGCCACUGCACAUUUGUAUGGCAGGAGCCUGGGUAUGGGGGAUGGCUUUAAUUAGCUUGUUUCUCGGCUGGGACAUGGAGGCCUCCAGAGCCUGAAGAAGUCAUUGGAAAUCACCAGAGCCCCAGGAUCAGAUACGGGAGGUUGUGUUUAAGGAAAAGACCUGCAUGGACCAGCAGAUUUUUCCUCUAGAUUGGUGGUUAGCAAGGCGGAAACAAGCUGCAGCGCUGGUCUGGCACCUCCCAAACGCUUAGGAGUGAUGGCUCCUCCCUUGGCAGCUUGCUUUCUCCCCCCCACCCCUUUGCCUUGUAUAUAAGGCCCCCUCGGAGCAGCCUUGGCACAACACAGCCCACUCCAGCGAGGCAGGGAGCAAGCUGCACCUCCAGUUCCAGCACCUCUGCUCUUGAGGAGAGUGAACCAGAAGGCCUUCAGCAUGGACAGAUGCAGAGUUCAGUGCUACGAGUACCCCACCUGCCCGGAUGUUGUGAAAGCUCCCAGAGAGGAGGUUGCCUACGUGACCUGUACCUACAGGGAAACAUGCAUCGACCAACCUGACUUCCUGGCCACCAUCGAUCUCAACCCCAGAUCUCCAUAUUAUUGCCAGGUGAUUCACCGCCUGCCCAUGCCCAACCUCAAAGAUGAGCUGCAUUCCUCGGGGUGGAGCGCUGGCUGCCCCUGCUUUGACGAUACCACAACGAAAAGGAACAAGCUGAUUCUUCCCUGUUUGAUUUCUUCCCGCAUUUACGUGGUGGAUGUGGGUUCACAGUGCCGGGCUCCCAAGCUGUGUAAGAUGAUUGAGCCAGUGGAUGUCUUCUGGAAGUGCAACAAGGGAUACCUCAAUAUACCUCGCAGCCUGCCUAAUGGCGAUAUUCUGAUUGCCAACACAGGAGAUCCAUCUGGCAAUGCGAAAGGUGGAUUUAUUGUGCUGGAUGGAGAGACCUUUGAGCUGAAGGGGAACUGGGAGAAUGAGUGUGACAGCCCGCCGAGUGGAUAUGACUUCUGUUACAAGCCACGCCACAACGUUCUGGUCAGCUCUGCCGGAGUAGUCCCAAAAUGUGUGGGAUAUGGAUUCAGUCCCGAUGACUUCAAGAAAGGGGUCUUUGGGCGCCGCCUGAACGUGUGGAACUUGUCCUGCCGCAGCCUCACCCAGUGCUUUGACCUGGGGGAGGACUCUCUGCCCCUGAGCGUUAAAUUCCUCCACAACCCCGAUGCUGCCGAGGGAUAUGUCAGCUGUGCCCUGAGUGGCAUCGUCUACCGCUUCUACAAGUGCGAGAGAGACAACUGGGCAGUGGAGGAGGUGAUUCGGAUACCGGCCAAGGACGUGACGGGAUGGAUUAUGCCCAAGAUGCCAGCAUUCACAGUGGACCUCAUCAUCUCAAUGGAUGACAAGUACCUCUAUCUCAGCAACUGGCUGCAUGGAGACAUCCGCCAGUACGAGCUCUCCAAAACCUGCAAGCCCAGGCUGGUGGGACAGGUGUUUGUGGGAGGCAGUAUCCUCAGAGGUGGACCCGUGGCUGUGUGUAGAGACGAAGAGCUGAAGUGCCAGCCGGAGCCCUUGGUGAUCAAGUGCAAGAGAGUGUACGGCGGCCCUGGUAAAAUGCAGCUCAGCGUGGAUGGCAAGAGGCUGUACGUCACCAACUCCUUAUACAGCACAUGGGACAAGCAGUUCUACCCGAACUUGGUCAAGGAAGGCUCUGUCAUGCUGCAGAUUGAUGUGGACACUGAGAAAGGAGGCCUGACCGUGAACAAGAACUUCCUGGUGGAUUUUGGAAAGGAACCCAAUGGGCCUUGCCUUGCCCAUGACAUCCACUUCCCUUGUGGGGAUUCCACCACCGAUAUCUUGGCCUAGGCGCCAUGUGAAAGACUCCCUUCUUCUCUCCCUUCUGUAGUGCAGCCAUUAAGAGCAUAGGGUAAUUGGGUCUGGGGGUCCGCAUGCAUUGCUGGAGUCUAGAUUUCUGCUAACAUAAGCUAUGGAAGCUCUGCCUUGUUGCGAGAGUUUGGUUCAGGCCGGUGAACAACGACACAGGCAUGUUUUCAGUGCAAAGCAAUCCCUGGGCAUGAUUCACAGAGCAGAGCCCAGGGCGAUUGCUCAGAUACAGACACGUGCAGUGCGCACAGUGCCUUUCGGCAGACAUCUGCAUACCCACCGUGCCUUGCCUCAUUGCUACAGGCCUGUCGGACACCUGCCUUGAUGUCCCCAGGCUGUUAGCAAUCGCUGUCUAGUACCGGGGCCGGUAGCAAGGUGUUGGACUCUCAGUUAUGCUUCAGAGCUUGUUCACCCUUGAAAACUAAGGCAAAAGAAAGUGAAGUGCCCAGUUUGUCUGAGUUACUGUUCUUCAGCCAGGACAUUCCUGGAUAGUCUUCCCCUGGCACAAGAGCCCUCUUGGCUCGCUUCUCACGUGCUUGGAUCAGUAUGCAUUAUAGCUGAAGGAGUAUGAAGUGCUUUAUUUCAAAAAGAGGUGCCUGUUUCAUGACACUGGUUUGCUCUUGUGUUCUGCUUUAAACAAGAAUAAAAUUGUUCUUUGCAUCA